GUAGGGAGAAGGACGCCUGAAGUGAGAUCUCCCCACUCGAGCUCUGACCACAGGACACGCAGCUUCAUCCCUGUCAUCUGCUCCCCUUCUGCCCCGAACCCACCCGUAGGUGUAUUGCAGCCAUGGGCUCGGAGCUGGAGACUGCCAUGGAAUCCCUCAUCAAUGUGUUCCACGCCCACUCUGGCAAGGAAGGAGAUAAGUAUAAACUGAGCAAGAAGGAGCUGAAGGAGCUACUGCAAGCUGAGCUUUCUGGCUUCCUGGAUACCCAGAAGGAUGCCGAUGCAGUGGACAAAGUGAUGAAGGAGUUGGAUGAGAACGGUGAUGGUGAAGUUGACUUCCAGGAGUAUGUGGUGCUGGUGGCUGCACUCACUGUGGCCUGCAACAACUUCUUCUGGGAGAACAGUUGAGCAAGCAGCCCAGCCCUGGCCAGCACCAAUAAGCCCCUUCCCUCUCCCUCAUUCCCAUCAUCACUCUCCACAUGGCCCUCCCUCUAACCCUCAGACUCCCCCAAUUCAUGUCCCAGGCUUGGCCAUAGCAUUUGAGCUGUACUGCUCCAUUAUUCAUUAAAGGCUCCUCUCCCAAUA